AGCAUUAAGCGGGAAAUGACCUUCACAUUUCAAUCAGAGGACUUAAAACGUGACUCUAGUAAAAAAAUGUCUCUUCAACACUUGUUCCCCUUGGCCGUGGGGGAAGAUAUGAAAACAGCAGACACCAAAAAAGCCAGCUGGGUCCUUGACCAUGAAAAAGAAAACACUCGCUCCAUCUGUCUUCUUGAGCAAAAACGAAAAGUUGUUUCUUCCAGUAUCGAUGUUCCUCCAGCAAGGAAAUCUUCAGAGGAACUGGACAUGGACAAGGUGACAGCAGCAAUGGUACUAACCAGCUUGUCGACCAGCCCUUUGGUUCGAAGCCCUCCUGUGAGGCCAAAUGAGGGCCUCAGCGGAUCCUGGAAGGAGGGCGGCUGCGUGCCGUCCAGCACCGGCAGCAGCGGCUACUGGAGCUGGGGCGCCCCCAGCGACCAGUCCAACCCAUCCACGCCGUCGCCGCCGCUGUCGGCCGACAGCUUCAAGCCCUUCCGCAGCCCCGCGCAGCCGGACGACGGCUUCGACGAGGCCGAGGCCGGCAACCUGCUCUUCGACGAGCCCAUUCCCAGGAAGAGAAAGAACUCCAUGAAAGUGAUGUUCAAAUGCCUCUGGAAAAACUGUGGGAAGGUGCUGAGCACUGCGGCAGGUAUCCAAAAACACAUCCGGACCAUUCAUCUUGGGGUCUUUAAUGGUGUGCUGGCCACACCCCCUGUGACCAUUCCAGGAUCGGCCAAGUUCACCCCCAACGGCAGCAGCUUCAGCAUUUCUUGGCAGUCCCCUCCAGUCACUUUCACAGGCAUUCCAGUGUCCCCAACACAUCAUCAUCCUGUGGGCACAGGGGAGCAGAGACAACACGCUCACACAGUCCUGUCCUCCCCACCCAGAGGGACGGUCAGCCUAAGGAAGCCCAGGGGCGAGGGCAAGAAGUGCCGGAAGGUGUACGGGAUGGAGAACCGAGACAUGUGGUGCACUGCCUGCCGCUGGAAGAAAGCCUGCCAGAGGUUCAUCGACUGAGAGGCCCCAGGCAGAGGGGCCAGCACCCUGGGCCACUUUUGCCCUUGCCCUCCACUGCAGGUGUUGGAAAGAGCUUUUCCUUCUGAACAAAAUGCACCUGAAGCCCAGGAAAAGCACUUCCAGGAACCUUGGUGGUGGAAUUGCAGCAAAAAAAAAAGUCACCAUCCUCACUGCUCUUACUGAAAACCCAGCCUGGAGCAGCUAUAACUACUUUUUUCUCUUCAAAAGAAAAGUCACCUUUUUUUGCUGUCUGUCUGAGUCUUAAAACUGUGGGCUUCUGUUGCAAUUGAACCAACAAAGCCCAUUUUACCUAGAAAGGAAGCAUAUUUUGAUAAACUUUCUGAAUUAUGCUGUU